AAAAUCAUUGAGGAAUGCCACCACCUCAUUGGAGUGCUUAAGAAGUUCAAAGGAGAAGCUUUUGAUACCACCCAACCAACAUAUUUUGCAGUCUCUAAUGUUAUUGGCUCCAUGGUCUAUGGCAGCAGAUUUGAAUACGAUGAUCCACAGUUUCUAUGCAUACUAAAUUGCAUAAGCACACGUGUUAAACUUGCUGACUCCGCUUCAAUAAAGGUGUACAACAUGUUCCCACAUCUCUUCAAAUGGAUUCCUAACAGGAAGGAAUUCCACAGAUUGGGUGACGUCAUUGUAAAACAGAAUUUAGAGAUAAUCAGUGGUUUGAAAGAGACACUCAAUCCACAGAUGUGCAGAAGCUUUGUGGAUGCCUUUCUGGUUCAUCAAAAAAAUCUUGAGGAAUCUGGGAAUAAAAAUGAUCACUACAACGAUGAAAACCUUGUGGAAACAAUUCGGAAUCUACUUGGUGGUGGCACUGACACAACAGCAAUUACACUGAGAUGGGGACUUCUGCUCAUGGCCAAGUAUCCAAAAAUACAAGACCAGGUCCAGGAGGAGCUGAGCAGGGUGAUAGGAAGUCGUCAAGUGCAGGUCGCGGACAAGAAGAACCUGCACUUUACCAAUGCUGUCAUCCAUGAGACACAGAGACUGGUCGACAUUGCCCCUGUGGCUCUUCCUCACAAAACUACCCGAGAUGUAAUCUUCCAGGGUCACUUUAUUAAGAAG